CCUAUCCAGACCAAGUUCUCGCUUUUCGUCGAUUUGUACGGAAUCUUCAAUUCGUUGGGAGAGGUGGGGCCUGGCGUUGCGACUUUCCUCUGUGCAGCAGAGUCUUUUCCAACCCCCCUUCGUGGCUAUAUGGGUUUCGCUGCUGCGAUUGGCAAAGCGGGUGCGGCUGUCAGAACCCAGGUAUUCACUCCGAUCCAGGAAUCAUUCUCUAGUGAUCAGAAUUUCAGGAAAGCCAGCAGGGCGUCUUCUUGA